GGUCAGCAGAACAGUAAGUGUGCAAGAAAUUGUGGAUCUGUUAGAAAAGACGGUUAAAGAAGUCCAAGAAUCUACAAAGGUGAUUAAAAUAAUUAAUUGAACUUAAUCCAGCAUGGUAAUUUGAAGAAAAUGUAUGUAUCAAGAUCUUAUCAAUAUUCCUAGUUUAUGGAGAAGAUGGCUGAAGUUAUACGGAAAGGAAUCGAAGCAGCUGAACAUGAUUUGGUUCAAGAUUCAAAUGAUAUCCUUAUGGAAGAAGUGAGUGAAGAUUAAUGCCUAUCAGUACAGAUUCCUCUAUCUGUGGCCUUUACCUCUAGGAAGAAUACUUUAGAAAGGAUAAAAGUGUCCAGUAUAAAUAAAGUUAGUUUAGUGUAUAGGUUUCCUCUUGUUGUAAUACUGAACCAAAAGAGAUUGCCCGUAGUGACUAUAAAGUUAGUGACUGUGUUUAAAUAAUAUUAGUUUAGUUUAGGUUUCCUCCUGUAGUAACACUGGAGGAUACGAGAUGACUCUUACUGGACCUCUAGAGAGAACAGUUUAGAACUGAUAGAUAUAUCCAGUAUAAAUAAAGUUAGUUUAGUUUAGGUUUCCUCCUGAAGUAACACUGGAUCAAUAAGAGAUGAUCCUUACUGGUCCUCUAGGGAGAACAGUUUAGAACUGAUAGAACUAUCCAGUAUAAGUAAAGUUAGUUUAGGUUUCCUCCUAUAGUAUUACUGGAUCAAUAAGAGAUGAUCUUUACUGGACCUGGGGAGAACAGUUUAGAACUGAUAGAACUAUCCAGUAUAAAUAAAGUCAGUUUGGUUUAGGUUUCCUCCAGCAGUAACACUGGAGCAAUAAGAGCUGACUCUUACUGGAUCUCUAACGAGAAUAGUUUAGAAAUGAUGAAGUUAUUCAGUAUAAAUAAGGUUAGUUUAAUUAAGAUUUCCUCCUGCAGUAACACUGGACUACAAUCUAUACUAUAUCUAUUCUUAGGGUCUAUUGCGUCAAGUUCCAAUCGUGUCCUCUGUCUACAACUGGUUUUCGCCUAUUCAACACGAAAAGAAAAUCAAAGGAAGAACGUUUGAUCUUUCAUCUGGUAAUGUUAAAUAUAGCAAAUUAAUAUUUGUAGUAUUAUAGGUGGGUUUCAAAUAAGCACUAUCGUACAGCAACAUGUUGGCCUCGUUUAUAUGGUAAAACUGUACAUUUUAUAUAACAUCAAAUCUUGUUUCAGAGACCCAAGAAUCGAAAAUUAUCUGGCGGUUCAUGCCCUUCCCUUGUUAAAAUUUUAGGAGAACACCAUGCAGGGGUUAUUGUUAGAAGCUCAGGGGGGCUGAGCCCCUCCCCCUUGUUAAAAAUGUCAUGCCGGUUUGGUGAGGGGGAGGGGCUAACCUCCCAAUAUUUUUGCAGAUUCAUAACCUGGAACGUUCUUUGCAACUGUAGUGUUGAAAUGAUGCGGUAAUGAUGUUAGUAAUCUGUACUUGAUUACUAUGAUCAUACUAUUAGGGCAUAUAUGUGGCUCUGACAUGAAAUAGCUUCGGUAUAUCGGAAUCUUUUAUCUGAAGUUCAAUCAUUUCAUCAAAAAACACUAAUUGAAGAAUUACUAUAGAAACCAAAAUAAAUACUGGAACUUUCCAUGUUUAUCAUGUUGUACCCUCCACGCCUUGUCCCCCUCACGUCUUGUGAACCUCCCCCCCCCCCCAACACACACACAAACCCCACCCAGCACCUUUAAGAGCCCCCCUUGUUAUCAUUUUAGUACAGUACCCCAAGGCAGACAGUACCCCAAAAAUGGCGGAUUUUUGCCUUCGUGAGAAAGGCUAAUUGCAUAUUUUAAAUAUUUUAUUGUUGUGUUUCAAGGCUCACUACAAACCACAGAGAAAACAUAUAAAUACCAUAUGCAAGUCCAAGAUGGAGAAGAGGCCACCGGUUAGACUAUGAAAUGCUGAGCAAUCAAACAUUUAGUGUGUUUGUUUGGCGCGCUGAUGACUGACUAGACUGUUAGAUUUCAAUGUUUUAUUUGUUCUCCAAGAGUUCAAAUAUAGAGAAUGGAAAAAUUGAAGCAAUAUAAAAUGGUACAUGCUGAAUGUCACUGCAUUUCUGGAGUAAUUUGGGCGAUUUGUACUACACACGUAAAAACGCACAAGUUACAACAAACCUGCAGCAGACUUGUAGCAAUGCUGUUUCAAUUACUUGUCUACAGGAUGUGUUCGCACUGCUUGUUCCCAGCCUGUUAACAAUUUGCUACUACAAGGUCGUUGAACUCAACAAACUUGUUGCAAGUUGUUCCAACAACUUGUUAUCGUCCUGCAAUUCAACCUUUUGUGAACAAGUGUGAAUGACAACUGACAACCUCGCAGCAACUUGAUAAAAUUGCUUGCUACAGCGUUGUUACAAGCCUGCUGCGAACACAUCUUGUUGACAAGUUGUGAAAUUUUCUACUUGUGUAGACGAGUCAUUUUCUGUUAUACCCGUUGUCACUCGAUACUCACAUAUAUAAUUUAAUACUUGGUAACCUUUGUUCCAUUCUAUGCUUACAUUAUCAGAACAGUAGUAACUAGGAAUGUGAGCUAUCUCAGUAAUCUCACCUAAUUCACUCACAUAUAUAGUUUAAAUACUUGGUUACCUUUGUUGUUCCAUUCUAUGCUAACAUCAGAACAGUAGUAACCAGGCAUGUGAGUUAUCCCACCCAAUUCACUCACAUAUAUAAUUUAAAUACUUGGUUACCUUUGUUCCAUUCUAUGGUUGCAUUAUCAGAACAGUGGUAACUAGGCAUGUGAGUUAUCCCAUUUAAUGAAUUCCCAAUUGUGUCUGAAAUUGCAUUGUAAGUUGCAACAAAAUUGUCUCGCAUGCACGAGGGUUCAAAUUACUCUGGAAAUGUACAUAAAAUGUACCCUAAACCAAACAGUUUUGUCCUCAUAGAAAUGAUAAAUAACAAUAAUAGAUAUCUAUUAUUUCUGUUUCUGACGUAUAUAACUUAUAUUAACCAUCUUAAGCGUAAGACACCCGUAAUAAUGUAAUGUAGAUUGAAUUGUUGAGUUUACUCUAGACAGUCGAUGAUACAACAACUAUCAUGUAAAAAUUUUUAAGGAAUUACUCCUUUUAAGCUGCGCUAAAUUAAAUUAUGCAUUGAUAAA